CGCGGGCGGGCGGCCGUUGUCUAUAACGGAACCGCGGAGAGGCGCGGCGCCUGCGCGGUAUCCUGCUCUGUGCCCGCCCCUCUCACUCAGUAGCCGGCGAUGUCCCUCGAUCUCGCUUGGGUUGGGCUCUGACGGGUCGGCCGGGCGCCCAGUGCCCCUCCUCGGCAUAGCGGGCAGGAUUGCCGUCUCGUCAGCGGUGCUGAGUCCGUCGGGAGCGGCCCUUGGGCUCAGGCGACUUGCUGCCUCUGAAGAGAUCACUUUCUAUUUAGAGAUGGCUGCUGAUACCUCUGUUGAAAUACUUCAAAAAGUUCUGGAGAAUGAAAUACUUCAGACUACCAAGGUUGUGGAAGAACAUCUUGAUGCUGAAAUCCAGAAGCUGGACCAAAUGGAUGAAGAUGAAUUGGAAUGCCUUAAACAAAAAAGACUUGAGGCACUAAAAAAGGCCCAGCAGCAGAAACAAGAGUGGCUUUCAAAAGGACAUGGAGAAUACAGAGAAAUCCCAAGUGAGAGAGACUUUUUCCAAGAAGUCAAAGAAAGUAAAAACGUGGUUUGCCAUUUCUAUAGAGAUACAACAUUCAGGUGCCAAAUAAUGGACAAACAUUUGACUGUAUUGGCAAAAAAGCAUGUUGAGACAAAAUUCUUGAAAUUAAAUGCUGAAAAAUCUCCUUUCUUGUGUGAGAGACUGCGCAUCAAAGUAAUACCUACUUUAGCAUUAGUAAAAGAUGGAAAAACACAAGACUAUAUUGUGGGCUUUACUGAUCUUGGCAACACUGAUGACUUCACUACAGAAACCUUAGAAUGGAGAUUAGGCUGUGCAGACAUAAUUAAUUACAGUGGAAACUUGAUGGACCCACCUUUUCAAAGUCAAAAGAAAUUUGGAACAAGCUUUACAAAGUUGGAUAAGAAGACUAUCAGAGGAAAGAAAUAUGAUUCAGAUUCUGAUGAUGACUAGAAGAACAGCUAAAUAAAUCAUUUUUUGUUUAUGC